AUGGCACAAUUCGACACCGCGAAGACUUUCCUCCGUACAUCCAUCUCCUCCAGUCUUCCUCUCCUCAUCCAAAGAUCUCAAACCCUCAUCCAAGCCGCGUCACCCAAUCCGCCCGGCGACGUCUCCUCCGCAGCAGCCGCGGCGGUUGCCUUGAUCAGAGAACACAUCCCCAAUGCAGAUGUAUCCCUGCACGAGACGGCGCCGGGCAUCGUGAACGUCGUCGCCACCAUCCAUGCGUCUCGGCCUGGCAAAACAUUACUCUUUAGCGGGCAUUUAGAUACCUAUCCCAUUGGCGACACCGCGCAGUGGACAGUUCCUGCUCUCGAAGGGUGUUUGUCAGACGACAAGUUACGGCUUUAUGGAAGAGGCAGUGCGGAUAUGAAGGGCGGGAUUGCGGCGAGUAUCAUCGCGAUGCGUGCGCUCGCUCAGAUGAAAGAUAAGUGGCAUGGGAAAAUUGUCCUCGCGCUGGCUGGCGAUGAGGAAACCAUGGGCCAUCUGGGUACCAAGUGGAUGCUGGAUCACGUCGAUGUCGUCAAACACGCUGAUGCCGUGAUCGUCGGCGACGCUGGCUCUCCGCUCGUAGUCCGCGUCGGGGAGAAAGGCCUGGCGUGGGUGGAAAUCUGUGCGACGGGCAAGGCGGCGCAUGGGGCGCAUGUGCACCGCGGACGGAACGCGAUUGAUACACUCAUCAGCGCUAUCCAGAGGAUCAAGGACUUGGAAAAGCUGGAAGUACGAGGAGUGGAGGAAGUCGGGAAGGCGAUUGAGUCGGCGAAACCGGUUUCAGAGGACCUGGCUGGCGCGGGUGAAGCUGAUGUGCUGAGACGCAUCACGGUGAAUUUGGGCACGAUAGAGGGAGGUUCGAGCAUGAAUCUCGUGCCUGAUUUUGCAAGUGCAAAGACGGAUAUCCGUCUGCCGUAUGGAAUCUCCACGGAUGAAGUGCUCACGUACAUUCACGAGCACCUUGAUCCUCUCGAGGGAAUCUCAUUCGGCGUCUUACAGCGCUAUGAUCCAACCUGGACGUCCGCUUCAGAAGAAAUAGUCAAGUAUACGCUCAGUGCAGCGCAAGAUAUGAUUAGUUCCAAGGCCGUGGUAAAUAUGCGCGUCGGAGCUUCUGACGCGAGACUUUUCCGGCAAAAGGGAAUUCCCACGGUUGUGCUUGGCCUGACACCUUUCAAUAUGGGCGGCCCGGAUGAGUAUUGUGCGGUUGAGGAGUUGGUACAGGUGGCUCAGGUACAUGCCCUGGCGGCGCUUGGAUUUCUGAGACGCGAAUAUUGA